AUGUCGAGCUCCAUGGGACCCCGGCCGCUGACGUCGGCCUUCGAAAGCCCGACGUUCGAUGAAGACAGCUCUUUCCAUGUGGAACAACCGGUCGGGUCGAUGUCCAUAUCGCCGUGUGGACGAGAUGUGGUGCUGGCAUCGAAGGAAGGUCUCCAUGUCAUCGACUUGGAUUCCCCAUAUUCUCCACCUCGUUAUCUCCCUCACCAUACGCCAUGGGAGGUGGCGGAUGUGCAAUGGUCGCCAUUCGCGGCACGCGACUACUGGGUUGUAAGCACAUCCAACCAGAAAGCGCUAGUGUGGAAUCUGGCCAUGAAGACAUGGCAGAACUCCAUUGAAUUCGUGCUGCAUGCCCACUCGCGAGCAAUUACCGAUAUCAAUUUCAACGCAUUUCAUCCCGAUAUUCUUGCAACUUGCGCCGUGGACAGCUUCGUGCACUGCUGGGAUUUGCGUACGCCCUCACGCCCGGUGAUUUCAUUCUCCGACUGGUUUACCGGUGCAACCCAGGUUAAGUGGAAUCGACAAGAUCCUCAUGUUGUUGCUAGUUCGCAUGACCGCUUUCUUCGGAUCUGGGAUGACCGCAUGGGCGCGUAUCCAAUUCGAUCUAUUGAAGCUCACGACACGAAGAUCUAUGGUGUUGAUUGGAACCGUGUCCGACGAGGCGCCGUGGCAACCUGUUCGCUCGACAAGACCAUAAAAUUCUGGGAUUAUACUUCUGACACCGAAAUUCCCGAGAAACUGAUCCGAACACCAUUUCCCGUUUGGCGAGCCAGAAACACGCCCUUUGGAUGGGGAGUGUUGGCCAUGCCACAGAGAGGGAACAGCGAUUUACAUCUCUAUAGCCGAAGAGCUGGCGAUGGCUCCAACCCUGAUGAUGACCUGCCUUUAGUUCACAGUUUCCCUGGCCACAAAGGUCAAGUAAAAGAGUUCCUUUGGAGAGCACGCGGAGGGAUCGAUGACGGAGUCGACCACCGGGACUUCCAGUUAGUGACAUGGGGAACUGACAGAGAACUUCGUCUGCAUCGAGUGGACCCACAAAUCUUGGAGGGCGUUGGUUACGAAAAGGGAAAGUCUUACAUCUCUACUCGCACUGUGACUCGCCUGGGUGCUGUCUAUCGAAGCUUUAGAGAUGUGAACUCUGACUUAGACCUGGAGGACAUUGAGUCUGUGUCUUCGGUCAACCGCCUCAAACCAAGCACUAAUUACCCCGGCGGGCCAGGGAUGAAUGCUAUUUCGGUUCCCCAUGCUCGCGCCUGGACCAAGAGCGGUCAUCAGGAGAAUGGCAUGGGCAUGCAACCCCGGUCAAACCUGAGAGCCGAUACCAAUCCAAUCUCCUGGAUGCGGGGCGUAAAGAUCUCCGGCUGGGAUAUUGAAACCCUGGGGGAUGAAAUCAGUCACGUUGGCGAUAAGUUCACCAAGGUUGUUUUCGACUCGGUUGACGUGCGGCAGCGGAAAAUAUCGAUAUCUUUGAACGGACCUUGGGGUGCAGAAGGUACUUCAUUGUUCCUGAAGGUGGACAUCAAGUUCCCCGUUAGCUAUCCGAAGACCUCGAUUCCGACAUUCUCGUUUCAGAAGACAGCGGCUGUCACCGAUGAUCUGACUGCGAAAAUAACUGCCGAACUUCGCACAAUUGCCGAAACUUAUAUGUCCCGGAAACGUGGCUGCUUAGAAGGUGUUGUGCGCUACCUACUAGGUGAAAGCACUCUGGAGGAUAGCAUUGCGUGGAUUCUAGGCGAAACUGGCGAUCAUGUCAAAUCACCGGGCAACGGUGAUAUCGAGGGCGAGUCAAGUGACGAAGAUGAAGUUGGUAUGACCCAGAGUCAAGAGUUGGGAAUGAGCUCCGAGCUGCUCCGACCAGUCAAUGCCAAUGUGAUGGUGCCCGUGGCCAAAGGAUGCGGUGCGCUGUGGGCAAACGACGGCCGUUUGGUGUGCUUCUUCCCGCCGAAGAAGGACAAGUCUACAGCUCUCUUCGACAAUAUCGGAUUCAAAGAAAUGAGCAGAUUGUCGAGAAGCGACAAGGUCUUUGAAGGCUUCGGGCGCCUGCAGACCAGCUCCCCAGGACCGCGCAUGACCGGUACAAUCACGAGCACAGAUGACGGCGCAUCCGAUUACUCUGACGAUUCGUACUCCGAGACUUCCAGCUCUUCAGGUUCGUCUGCCGAUAUUCUCUCCGGGCUACCGGCUCGAUUCCAGCCGCCGCAGACGUGGCGUAGCGCUGGUAGUAUCGGCAUCUAUCGCCCCCGGUCUACGGAUCAUUCUCAGCGUUCGACUGCCGGGGCUGCCACGGCUAAAUCAGCCGAUACCACAAAAAACGUGGUUUCUAUUCAUGACUUGAGUGACAUGCUACCGGUGAAGCGUGAUCUUGCCAGCAAAUAUCGCAUCUGCGGGAAAGGAACUGAUGUUUGCGCUCAUAAUGCCGCCGUUGCCAUCGACGCUGGAUGUUACGAGUUGGCUCAAAUAUGGGGCCUUAUCAAACUUAUUCUGCAUGUUCGAAAGAAACCCGGCUCUCCACCUCAGCCGAUGAUGGGACCGAAACAUCUGUUGAAAGAAGAAGGCAUGGAUUCGAGCCAAGUUCUUGGAGUCGGACCCUACAAGGACAUAGCUGGUAGUAUCAUUCGCUGGGGAGAUCAUCCCCUCGGCAGCCAUUGGCUUGUGCCUGCCCUCUUCGAGCAUUUUGAGCGCAUCGGUGAUGUUCAAAUGAUUGCAAUGCUCUCGUGUGUGCUCCUGGAAGCCAACCACGAAGGGCGACCAGAGCAAAUGCAACAUAUUUCCUCCGAUCAACGGGCUUUCUCUGUUGAAGCAUCGUCAAUUGCGUCGACAGUUCAGAACAAGCCGCGGUCGCAACCAACGUCGCAGUCACAAUCGCAGCUCACAACUCCUGCUUCAUCUGUUCCAAGAGAUCCUACUUCUAUGCCCCAUACGUCGGCGCGAUCAUCGAGCGAAAUCUGGCGCGUUGAUUCUACACCUCCAUAUUCAACCGGAACAACGCCGCCGAUCACAACUCGCCCACGAGGCAUCACAGCUAAUCGAAAGGCUACCAGCCACAAUGUGUCUAUUGCGGCGUCCCCUGAACAGCAAUCCCAGCCGCGUAGCGGCGGAUCUGGAUUCGGGUCGGUCUUAGCAUCUUCAUUAUCUCGCUCAUUUACAUUCGGACCUUCUUCUGCAUCACCUCCAGCAAGUGCAUUGGCCAAGAAGAAAGCAAAUCCUGGCGAGAGCCCGAGCGUGGGAACCAUGCAAUUGCCUGUUUCAGACACCGAAAGCGAUCAGCCCGUCAAAGCUACAAAGCCGACGUCGAGAUUUAAGGUCACCUUCAAGAAUAAGAGUGCAUUUGAUGGCGAUGAGACGGCACCAGACUCUCUUCUCGACCGAAACAAAGAAUGGCUGUGGCGAUCCUAUCGUGGCGCGUAUGCCGACCUCUUAUCGAUUUGGGAGCUUCCUGUGCAGCAAAGCGAAGUCCUCAAGAUCGGAGCCGUGGCCGAUGAUGCGGAAGAAUUGCAUUCGAGUCAGUACUGGAGCAGUCACAGCCACGGCUCCAAGGCGACCGCACUCCCAGAACCUACCAUGCCUAGUGAAGCUGGUUUUGGAAUCGAAGCCCUCGACUUCCAACGCCACUGCGCUAAUUGUGGGCAUGCUCUUCAGAUGUCAAUCUUUGCACCAGCCCUUACCGUGGCCGACUCUCCAUCCAAGAAUCAUAGCGUAACUCCAUCCCGCCGUUGCCCCAACUGCAAUCCCCGGCAACCGUUGCCUACCAAGCUUCCCUGCGUCAUCUGCGGCGAAGUGGUAAACGGAAUGUUGGUUCCCUGCCUCAGCUGCGGCCAUGUAUGCUGCUUUGAUUGCCACCGACGCUGGUUCCUCCGAUCGGGCGAUCAAUUCGAUCACCCAUUCGAUGUGGCUGAUCUGGCCAAUACCCUCCCAUGCUGUCCCACUGGAUGUGGAUGUAACUGCUCUAAGCACAUUUCCGUGGAAGUACCCAUGCCGGCAUGGGAACCUCCUUCUUCUCAUGUUAAACAUCAGAUCCCUAGAAGCCCCCAUCGGAGCUACUCAUACGAGAAACGUCACCGCCGGCGCCAAUCUGAACCCGCUGGCCCUGAAAACUCGGGCCGGGCUAGUCGGAGCGGAACGGGAGGUACGAAUACGCCCAAAAACGGGGUUGGCCAGAAUGAAGAAGAUUUGGAUUUGUGGCAAACAUCUUCACCUUUUGCGUCUCUUGCGCGGGGCAUGGGCGGCGGCCUGAGCCAAGGCCUGCGCACGAAAGAUGACCGCAGAAAGAACAGUCGCUCCGUGGCGCUAGCGGUACCCAAGCGCAAAUGA